CUCUCCCUCCCCACAGCACCUGCCAGGCUGCUCUAUUCCUCUUGUUCCUUGGAGAAGACUCUGCAAUGCAGCUGUUCCUUCCAUGGGAUCCCCACACCCUACGUGCAGUGGUGGAUGGGAGGUGUUCUCAUGGGUGUGAAUGGCACAGAUGGAGGCAUCCAGGUGAAUUCCACCAUGCUUGGCCCCUGGGCCAACAGCACUAUCAGCCUGACCGAGCAGCCAGAAACGGGCACAAGACUUCUCUGUGAGGGGAGGAACCCAAGUGGAGCCCAUGCUUUGAGCAUCCUACUGAUGUCAAGAAGGAGUUCUUUGGUUCCUCCGACUUUCUUGAAAGGGCUGAUCCAGGGCGUUGUCUGUGGAGUCAUUGUGAUUGCGCUGCUCUACCUCUGCCUCAUGCCUCUUGUAGUGAAACAUAUUAGAAUGAAGCAGGCAAAGAAAAUUGGGGAGAUCAAAGCAGAAAAGAGCCCUAAGGUCAGAGCAUGCCAAGAACCCAAGAUGUCUCUGAAGCCUGAAGAACCAGAAAAAUCCAUAAUCACCGCAUCUUCUGAGAGCCGGAUAUUGGUGAGUACCCAUUGCUUUUGGAAUCGAGUCCAUCAAAAUAAUGGUAGUAAGACCCAUGAGGAGAAGCACAUACAGGGUUUAAAGGAAUUAUCAUUCUCAGUCCUAUAGGACAUUUAGAAUGCCUGAAUGUGCUUGCAGAUCAUCUUAUAGAUAAUGAAGCUAAGGCCUGGAGUGGGGAAGACAAUUAAGAGAAACAACUUAAAGGGUAAUUAGAAUCAGCAAAGUAUGCACACACCCACACGCCAUUGAGAAGAGGCUUAGGAGAACCUCUCAGCGGUUGCAGCAUCAGAGCGGAAACCAAAGGGUUUGGUCUCUGACUGUGUGGCAGGCUGCAGUCAGCACAGUCUGCAGAUGCCAAGGCCCAAGUCAGCCUGAAGUGCUUGGAGACCAGGCCAAGCCCAGGUCACUCUUUCAUUUAUCCUCCUGCACCCGAUAUCCUCAGCAGGGCUUGGAAGGGACAGUUAUUUACCAUUUACGAUUCUCUAAGACCACAGGGCCCUGCUGCCCUCCUUGGGUGGAUAAAUAAUGCAUUUGUUAAAUUCCACCAGCAUUUCCUGCAGUGUCUCGCAAUUUCCAUCCUGGGCAAUGCAGGGGUCUCAGAAACAGAUCAGAUGCAGACCCUGUUCUCAAGAGCAACCAGGCUGGUGGGGAAGGCACCCUCGCAAUAACUGUGCUGAGCCAGGGCUUAUGGUUUCUCGGAGGAUGGAAGGACAGAACCUACUUGGAGAAGUCAUGAAAAACUUCCCAGAGGAGUCUGGGGAACAGUCAGGUGGCGCCUGGUGCUGGGAAUGUACAGGGAGGAUCAGCAGGAGAAGACAGGGUUGCAGGCUCCAACUAUGGGAUUGUGAGGAAAGGUGAAUCCAAUGCCUGCUCCACAUUGCCUUAAUUCUGUGCUCAAAGGGAGCGACAGAAUUCUGUCCUUUUAGAUUUGAUACCUCACCUCUAGAUCUGUUCUAACAUCCUUCUUUCUUUGCCCUGCU